AUGCACCCGAUGCAAAAUAACUCUCUCUACAACUUCCUAGCCAUACAGGAAGAUAGCAAGACAUCCAUUGCAAUCAUGACAAACGGGGACUACGGGAAGCUCGCCAUUGCCACAGCCGCCAUUCUCGGUAUCCUCACACUCGGGGCACUGAUAUACUUAGUGGUGUGGUAUGUCGGACGAAGACUCCGCACCCUACGGCUUCGUCGCCAGCAGAGUCAGGGGAAUGACCAAUUUGAUCAGUCUGCAGUGUCCCUAGCCGAAGACACAAGCAGGACUCUAGAUGAUUUCCUCAUGAAGGAUAUCCAGCCCGAACGGAGCUCAAUCAUGUUCAGAAGAAGCCCAAGCGGAUCUCCAUCCGUCACCGUCAUAAUUGAUGACACGGGUGAUGCUGACCACUGCAAGUCUCUAUCUCAGCCUUAUCUCACAAAACAAGACACUGCACCUUCAUCUGCAGAUACCUACACUUCAAUGCAGACCUCGACCCAAGAAUCGGAUCCUGAUGACCUGCGGUCCGAUCAGACUCAAUGGAGCAGCUCGGGACAACGUUCGUCAAGCACAACUCCAAGGGCAUCCACCUCGUCGUCCGCCAUUCCAACAUCGCGAUCAUCCCAGAUUUGGACUACGACCUCCGAUAGUACGCCAUCGGACCAGGCCCAGAGGGGCAGCUCGGGCCAGCACUCGUUAACCUCAACGCCGAGAGCAUCUAUCUCGUCGUCUGUCAUCCCGACGGCGGGAUCCUCCCAGGUUUGGACUACGACCUCGGCCGGGACUGAGACGUUUUCUCUCCUUAGUCAAUCUUCAAACCACUCACGCCGCCCUCCGAGUCCCACUGCCCCAUCGGCUGUCCGCAGCUCACAACUAUAUGCACGUCGUUCAAGUGCUUCUGGUGCGGCAUCAAGUGGUCCAGCUAGUGCUGGUGUGUUGCAGUCUGCAUCCCGCAUUUUCAAUGAGGCAGAGAUUUCUCGCAUGGCUUAUUCAAGAAAUAUCCACUCUGCUCGAUCAAUGAGUCCCACUUCUCCCAUUUCUCCAGUGUUGAUAGAUGUUUCACCCGAGGAUAAUAUGCCCCAGUGGACAUCUGUUCCCCCUACUCCCUUUCCUUUCGGUCAUGUGUGA